AUGGCUAAGACAAGAAGUAUGACUAGAAACCAGAACCAUGAUGAUGAUGCAUCUAGCAAGAAGAAGAUGAAGAUUUGUAUCUUAUGUGUAGGAAUGGCUAAGAAAAGACGCAUGACUAGAAACCGAAACUGUAAUGAUGCAUCUAGCAAGAAGAAGAGGUUUAAUAAGACUUGUGACACUUGGUCAUAUCUUAAUCAUGAUUUGCUUUUUAUAAUUAUGAUGCAACUUGGAGUUGAUGAUUAUGUUUCAUUCAGUAGAGUUUGUAAGUCAUGGAGAUCACUCGCAGUGUGUAACAAAAACAAGUUCAUAGUGUCUAGACUACCCAUGUCCUUAUCUAUCCCUACUGAUGAUGAUGAUGAUGAGAAAAAAUGCCAUUUAGAGGACUUUGAAGGAAGAAAGUUCAAAUUCAUUCUUCCCCAUUCUGCUGGAAGAAUCUGUAUUGGAGCAACUUGUGGUUACUUGAUAUUGUGUGCGGGAAAACGAGAAUGGACUAGUGUCUCCACCGUUUCCCCCAUCAUUGAUUUACGAGCUUUCAAAGGGAAGAUAUAUACUCUAUACACGGAUAAUCGUUUAGGUGAAGUGACACUUUUUCCAACACCCAAAGUGACUUUACUAGAAAUCAAGAACCUUCCAAACCCAACCUUUCAAAAUCCGAGAUUUGUGAGUUGGGGUGAAAAUCUUUAUGUGAUGAAUCUAUCUUUUCAUUAUCCGUACCAAAAGAUCUAUGAAAUAAAUCUCAACAAAAUGGAAUGGGAGUCACGUGAAAAGAAAGGAGAAGAAUAUGGAUUCUUUUUAAGCUUUUUGAAUUAUGGUGCUUUGGUUAUAAGAGGGGAGUUAUGGGCUGACCUUCGGUCCAAAUAUGUGAGAUAUGUUUGUCCUGAUGGAACUGGAAAAGACAGGUUCUUGUAUGCAUGCAGGUGGUACUUUUUUCAUGAUUGUUUGGAUGUUAAUCUCCUACAUAAGUGA